GAGUUCUGUCGGAGCGCAAGGUUGAACUGACAAUUACCUGCAGGCUACAGCUACUUGGCUAAAGCUCUGUUGGCAACUCAGCAUUGCCUUCAUGUUCAUCCGUCGCCCGGUGAUAGUUUUGAACUCCAGCGCGUCGUCUCAGAUGCUACUUGACAGCUGAGUUCCUCCAGCAAAUUGGCUUUUGCUCCAAAUCCCGAUGUGUGCAAUCUCUUGCUUCCACCUCAGGAUCUUGUAUUUCAAUCAAGUCUCCUCUCAUGCUUGAAAUCCUAUCCUCUGCAAACUUCCCUCAUAAGACACCCCACCCAUUUCAGAUACAAGGAGAUUGAAGUCUCCAUUUUUCAUAUAAUUUCAUGAAUAGAAAGAUGUUGCAGCUGGGCAAGUUUUUUCUUCUUGUGUUGGUAUUGUUCAUCUCUUCCAUUACUGCGGAUUACUUUUCUCAGUGUGGAGAAAAUGAAUAUUUUAAUCAGACCCUUGGUGCUUGCCAUGCCUGUCCACAAUGUGGGCCAGGUGAAGAACCUGUUUUGAACUGUGGUUAUGGAGUUAAGGAUGAAUUAUAUGGCUGCCAUCCCUGCCAGAAUGGCAAAUUCUCAAAGGGUGCCUAUCAGAUCUGCCGAAGACACAAAGAUUGUGAGGGAUUUUAUCGAGCUACUGUCUUGACACCAGGCACUGCGGAAACUGAUGCGGAAUGUGGUCCUUGUAUCCCAGGCUACUACAUUCUGGAUAACAUGUCAAGAAACACCUACGCAAAGGUUUGCCAUUCCUGUGCAUUGGCACCUCCAAACACCAAGGAAUGCAUGGGAAUCAAUUUGUCUUCAAGCAUUUCAGGCAGUACCAUAGGCAUUAAAGCAAACCCUCCCAUUUUACAAGAAACACACAAAGUAGAUCAGGUGGGCCAAGGACACCUUGGAACUGCUUUAAUAAUUGCAAUGUCCACCAUAUUUAUAAUGGCUAUCGCCAUUGUUUUAAUUGUUAUUUUCUACAUUUUGAAGACGAAGUCUUUUACCUGGGCUUGUUGUCGUGGCCAUUUGGUGAAAAAUGUUGAAGCUCAGCUUGACAACGAAGACGACAAGAAGGAAAUACAGGAAAAUAUUGUAAUAUUCUCUGACAAAGAUGAAUUUGAUAACAAACUGAAGGCAGUUCCACCUAAGACUGAGAAAAGUGAAAACGAUGCUUCCUCAGAAAAUGAGCAACUUUUGAAUCGGAGUAUGGAUAGUGAUGAAGAGGCUGCAUUAGAUAAGCGAGGAAUGUCUGAUUUGUGUCUCCUGUCAUUGGUUCCUUUAACUAGAGAAAAAUCAACAAACGCUAAAGCAUGUGGGAUACAGUCACGUAGGGAAAAGAUACUUGAAUUAUGCAAGAAAGUGUGCAGUUUCACAGAAGGACUCAGCCCUACAGAAUUACCAUUUGAUUGCCUUGAGAAAACCAGCAGAAUGUUGAGUGCCACAUACAGCACGGAUAAAGCUAUUGUAAAAACAUGGCGCCAUCUCGCAGAGAGCUUUGGACUGAAGAGGGAUGAAAUAGGUGGAAUGACAGAAGGAAUGCAACUCUUUGAUCGUAUAAGCACAGCAGGUUACAGCAUCCAUGAUCUGUUGACAAGACUUGUGCAUAUUGAAAGAAUGGAUGCUGUGGAAGCCUUGUGUACGGAUGUUCUAGAGUACACACAGGGUCUACCAAUCACCAAUCCUGCCAUCUCCACCAAAUGUCUGAAUUUGUAGACAAGAGCCACAGAAUAUAAAAAAGUUAGUAAAUCAAAAAUGUUGUGUUCCAUUUUACCAGGGAUUCCGAGACCAGUGAAACAAAAUUCUACAGACUUUCCAUUUAAAUUUAAUUCUUAUUCAGGCGCCUGACCUCUGUUUUAACUGAUAGUGUUAUUAAGAGGCAUUAGGGAACAAUUUUGAAAGGUCAAAUGCAUUUGAAAAACAUUUUAGAAUAUCAAAAGCACAGAUUUAAUUUUGUUCUUUUUAUAAUGCAUCAAGUGGAAGGAAAAAUAAACAAAAACAAGAAAGGCUGAAGAAGAAUGGAAAUGUGGCUGCAAACUAAAUUACUCCAAAUCAUCUUCCAUUAACUGGGGAUUUUUUCUAACACUAUUUCCUGUAGUAAAGCAGAACUCAUGCAACGUUAAGAAAGACUAAAUAAUACCAUUGGAUCCAGGCCUUCCCAAUUGUAGCAUAUGGUCAACUUGUGAGACAGUUGCUUGCAUCAUACCGUACUUACUAUUUAUUUACAUCAAUCCUUCUCAAAGUUAGAACAGAACAGUACAGCACAGUCCAGUCCCUUCAGCCCAUGAUGUUCUGCUUAUCCUUUAAUCUACACCAAGAUCAAUCUAACCCUUCCCUCUCACAUGGCCCUCCAUUUUCCUUUUAUCAACUGCCUAUGUAAGAGUCUUUAAGAUGUCCCUAAUUUAUCUUCCUUUACCAUCAUCCAUGGCAGCACAUUCCAAGUACCCAUCACUCUGUGUAAAAGAAAACCUUCCACUGACAUCUAUGCUAUACUUUCCUCUAAUCACCUUAAAAUAAUGCUCCCUCAUAUUAACCAUUUCCACCCUUGGAAAAAGUUUCUGGCUCUCCACUCUAUGUCUCAAUCAUCUUGUACACCUCUAUCAAGUCACCUCUCAUCCUCCUUUGCUCCGAAGAAAAAACCUUUCCUCAUAACCUCUCCAACCUUUCCUCAUAAAACAUGCUAUCUACAGUAAUCCAGGCAGCAUCCUGGUAAACCCCCUCUGCACCCUCUCUAAAACUUCCACAUACUUCCUAUGAGGAAACCACACUGAACAUAAUACUCCAAGUGUGGGAUAACAGGACCUUUAUUGAUCUGCUACAAUACCUCAUGGCUCUUGAACUCAAUCCUCUGACUAAAGCCCAUAUGCUUCUUAAUCACUCUAUCAACUUGUGCAGCAACUUUGAGGACUCUAUGAUCCCUCUGCUCCGUCAUACUGCUAAGAAACCUGCCACUAACCCUGUACUCUGCCUUCAAGUUUGACCUUCCAGAGUGUAUCACGUUACACUUUUCCUGAUUGAACGUAAUAUGUCACUUCUCAGCCCAGCUCUGCAUCGGAUCAAUGUCUAUUGUAACCUAUAGCCUUCUACACUAUCCACACCACCAACCUUUGUGUCCUCUGCAAACUUACUAGCCCACCCUUUCAGUUCCUCAUCCAAGUCAUUUGUAAAAAUCACAAAGUGCAGAAAUCCCCAACAGAUCCCUGUGGAACACCACUGGUCACUGACCUCCAAGGAGAAUAAGCUCCAUCUACUACCACACUCUGCCUUCUGGGGUUUUUCCUGUCCAGCCCUGAGAAUUUGCCUAUCCUAAUUUUUCAAAAGUUCUAGCAUGUGUGUUUUCCUAAUGUCAACACAUUCAAGUAUAUCAGCUUGUUUUACACGGUCCUCACAAAUGUCAAGGUCCCUCUCACUGAUGAAUACUGAAGGAACUUAUUAAGGACCUCUCCCACCUCCUCCAACUCCAGGCACAUUUCCUCUACUAUCCCUGAUUGGUCUUGCCCUCACUCUGGCCAUCCUCCUGUUUUUCACAUACACAUAGGAUAGCUUGGAGUUUUCUUUAAUCAUAAUCACCAAGGCCUUCUCAUGCCCCAUUCUUGCUCUCCUCUGCAUCUAUUCUUCAGAUUCAUCCUGGCUACCUUGUAACGCUCUAAACAAUGUCUGAACUUUGCUUCCUAAACCUUAAGUAAGCUCCCCCCCCCAACCAGAUGUUCCACAUCUCCUGUUAACCAUGGUUCCUUCACCCUACCAUCCUUUCCAUGCCUCAUCCAGUUACCUAGACAAGUUCUCCCUCAACCGUAAUAUUUCCAUCAUGCAUUUCCCUGAGUACAUCUGUUUCCAAUUUGCGUUCCCCAGUUCCUGCCUAAUAGUAUCAUAAUUUCCCUUCCCCUUCCCUUAAUUAAAUACCCUUGAAUACGGUCUGCUCCAAUGCCUGUCCAAAACAUUAGUAAAGGUCAGAAUUGUGGUCACUGUCUCUGAAUGUUCACCCAGCAAGAGAAGUCUCCUGACCAGGCUCAUUGACUAGUACCAGAUUCAGCAUGGCCUUCUCUCUAUUUAGCCUAUCUUCAUGUUAUGUAAUUCUGCCCCAUCUAAACCUUUUGCACUAAGGAAGUGCCAAUUAACAUUAGGGAAGUUGAAAUCAUCUAUGACAACAACCCUGUUAUUUUUGCACCUUUCCAAAAUCUGCCUCCUGAUCUGCUCCUCUGUGUCUCUUUUGCUAUUGGAGGGUCCCAAUAGAGUGAUUGUUCCCUUCCUGUUCUGACUUCCACCCACACUGACUCAGUUGACAUUCCCUCCAUGACAUCCUCCCUUUCUGCAGCUGUGACAACAAUCCCUGAUUAGCAAUGCACUUUCCCACCUCUUUUACCUCACUUCCUGUCUCUUUUGAAACAUCCAAACCUUGGAAUAUAGAGCAGCCACUCCUGCCCUUGUGACAGCCAAGUCUCUAAUGACCACAUUAUAGUUCCAUGAACUGAUCCAUGCUCUGUUAUUUUACUACUUGCCUUAAAAUAGACACAUUUCAACCGAUCCAGCUGACAGCAAUUAAUGCCCUUUCCAUUGGCCAUCUUUCCUCACAGUCUCUCUACACUUCUAUCUAGCUUUACACCAAUUGCUCCAUCCUCUAACCUAUCACUCUAGGUCCCAACCCCCUGCCAAACUGUUUCAAACCCUCCCCAAGAACUCUAGUAAAUCUACCCAUAAGGAUAUUGCCCCCCACCCCCCAAAUUCAAGUUCUGGUGUAAUCUGUUCCUUUUGUACAGGUCACGCCUUCCCCAGAAGAGAUCUCAAUGAUCCACAAGUCUGAAACCCAGUCGCUGCACUAAUUCUUCAGCCACACAUUCAACUACCAUCCUAUUUUUAACCUCACUGGUGCAUGGCACAGGCAACAAUCCAAAAAUUACUACCUUUGCAGCAAGGAGGCAAAAUACUCUCUGGAAGUCUCUAUCACAUCUACAAAAUUACCUGUCUGUUCCCCUAACCAUUGAAUCCGUCAUCACCAGAGCUCUUCUCUUUUCACACCUUCCUUUCUGAACUACAGAGACACACCCUGGGCUCAGAAGCAUUCCUGAGUUAAGUGUCCUCCCCUCUGCCUCCCCAGCCCCAGCCAACAGUAUCCAAAGUGGCAUACUUGUUAUUGAGGGAUAUAAUAGCAUAGGGAUACUUUGUGCUAUCUAUUUCCUUUACUUCUCCUGACAGGUACCCAGCUAUCUGCCUCCUGCAACCUGUGUGACCACCUCCUGUAGCUCCAUUCUAUCACCUUAUUUUUUUGAAUAAGCUAUGGAUCAUAGAGUUCCAGCUCUAGUUCUCUAAUAUGGUCUAUAAAGAGCAGCAUCCAGAUGCACUUCUUGCAGGUGUAGCAGUCAGGGAGACAGGAUAUCACUCACAUAGUGCAUGAGCAGCGUACCACUAACCUGGGAUCCAUUCUCACUUCUCUGCCUAGGCACUAAUAAAGAAAGAAACAAACGACAGAAAUCUCAAUCUAGCCUCUGCUUCUCCUUGUUGAAGCCUCUGGAGAUAAAGCCUCAUUUCCCCACUCUAACCCUGUCCCACUCCAACAAUGGUCAUUCCACUUAACCUGAACUUCUUUUUACGGUCUUAAUACAUGAUCUCAAGCUGCACAAAACAUCCAACAGGCCCUGCUCACUGGUUAGAUCUGGCAUUUACUCCUUUUCAAAUCUGGAUUUUCUAAAUACUUCUAAAAAUUCAGUUUGUUAUUGAGUACAAAAAUAUAACAUUGUCAAUCUUAUGCUAAAAUACAUUAUUUAAUGAAAAUGUUAUUUAAAAUACAUAAUUUCUAUCUCUGAUGUGAAAUUAACUAAAUACAAUUUGCUAAUUAUCACCUUGCAUCAUUUCAAGUCCCUUGGGAAUAUGCUGUUUUAAUAUUUUUGCAUUACCUUUUGUAUUUAAAUAUGUUAAGUAAAUAUUUAGCACUACGCUGCAUACUGUAUAAUACAAUUUAUUUGUUUUGGCAAACCGAUAAGCUGGCAUCAGGCGAAAGCACUAAGCUACAAUAUUAUGCAACUCUAUCAUAAACAUAGAUUUUCAUGCAGUAUCAAAAUAUUAAGAACUUGUUUAAAUCUUUAGAUCCACUAUUGCUAACAGCUGCAGUGUUAAGCUUGCUCCUGUCUGUUUCUUGUACAUUAUAAUUUAGGUAUUCAAAAUGCAAAAUCCUAUAAAAACUCUUGGUGAACCAUAUAGUGUGAACAUUGUGAUACACCAACUGAAGGAUUAGCAGGGAUAUUUUUAAUUAAAAAUGAACCUGUGACAAAUCCAUAAAUCUUGGUUAAUAAAUAUCUAUUAUUUUUAAUUAAAGGUCCAAUCAUUUUUCCAUUAUCAAUAGUUGCUUUCUGAAAUUAGGGGGAAAGCACACACAUUACCCAAUGGGAAUAAACACUGAAAAACUGAUUAGCUGCUCUCCAUUAAACUAUAGACAGAUAUUCUCAGAACUGGUUUCAAGUUCAUCUAGAAAUAAACUAUGUAUAAAUAUUCAAAUUCACAUACCAUGAGACAAAGCUUAAAAAAAAUCAAUAAAUUGAAUUUAUAAUGGUCCAAUCUCUAUUACUAUCAGUAUAAAAACUCUGUCAUCAGCCACUAAAAUCUCUUAAAAGAUAGCUGAUGCAAUGAUAUGGUACACCUAAAUGCCAAUGAAGAUCUUUAUAACGGUAGUAAUAAUAAAUAAUUUUGAAGAAAAUUUUAAAUCUCACAGUGUUUAAAGUGUACUCUAGUUACAGACUAGGGAUAACUUUUCGUUUUCUGAAAAUGAGUAAAAGGCUUGGAAAUAAUGGCUGAACUUUAAUGUCUUUUCCAGUGAUGAUUGCUUAGGAUUCGUGGCUUCAGAUCGAUGUGAAGAUAUUAGCAAAAAAGAAAAGCAUUUUAGAAGGACGCAUUUCAAUUAAUUAGAAUCAGAAUCGGGUUUAAUAUCACUGGCAUAUGUCAUGAAACUUGUUGUUUUGCAGCAUCAGUACAUUGCAAUGGAUGAUAACAAAAACUAUAAAUUAAAAUGUAUAUAAAAAAUGUAAUUAAAUAAGCAGUGCUGAAAAGAGGAAAAGUACUGAGGUAAUGUUCUUAAGUUCAUUGUCCAUUCAGAAAUCUGAUGGCAAAUGGGAACAAGUUGUUCCUGAAACACUGAGUGUGUGUCUUCAGAUUCUCGUACCUCUUCUUUUAUGGUAUAAAUAAGAGAGCAUGAAUUGCAUGAUGGGGGUGUUUAAUGAUGGAUGCCACCAUUUUGAGGCGUCACCUUUUGAAGGUGUCCUGGAUGCUGGGAAGACUAGUGCCCAUGAUAGAGCUGGCUGAGGUUGCAACUUUCUGCAGCUGAGAGCAAAAUCCAAACUGUUUGAGGAAUUCAAGCAGUAUCUAUUGUUGGGGAAUGAAUUGUUGUUUCAGGUUGAGAACCUGCAUCUAGUCUGGGAUUGGAAAGAGAUGAUAGCCAGUAUAAAGAGGAGAGCAGGAGGGGUGAGACAGAGGCCUGUGGGUGAUAGGUGGAUUGAGGAAGGGUGAAGGAUGAUGGGCAGAUGCAGCCUAAUGAAGGAAGGAGGGGAGUGUAGUUAGAAGACACAGACAGGUGGAUGCUAGAUAGAUACAGAUAAGGAAUAAAAAGACAGAUGGAACCAGGUCUGGGUGGGGGAGCAAGCAUGAAGGUAGAGAGAGCUGCUGAAGAGUUAUAAGUGAAGAAGUUCCAAGUGCUGGAAAGUGUUGACUAAGGAAGGUGUUAAUAGAGAAACAUAGAAACAUAGAAAAUAGGUGCAGGAGUAGGCCAUUCGGCCCUUCGAGCCUGCACCGCCAUUUAUUAUGAUCAUGGCUGAUCAUCCAACUCAGAACCCCGCCCCA